GCGGAGGGCAUUGUGACGUGCUCGGUGAGGCCGAUUCCGCCGCCGUGUUCCACCAUCGCCGGAUCUGCGCGCCGCAAACGGACAGCAGCCGCAGAGACAGAGAGGGGAAGAAGAAUUGUAUUGGAGUAAUUCCAGUUUCUGCCAAAGGAAGUGGGGCGUUGAUGUGUGCCAUUUUAGACUGGAGUUACAAGGAACAAAAAACAGUUCAAUCAAACAUAGUCAAGUAAGGUGAAAGCAAAGCUUUUUCAUCAGUCAAAGGUUUAAUAGAGAGGUGUAUUCAAGUCUUUCCACAAGACUGAGAAAAUUCUUCACUAUCGCAAGGAAAAGUGAUUUGCGAAAAUCAAAGCGUGUUUCCCUAAUCUAAAUGCUUCUGUAGCCUGUGCAUAAAAUUGAACAUAUCUCCAAGUUGAAACAAAGUCUGUUUUUACCAGUCUGUUUUGAGUCCUGGUUAUCUUCCAAGAAGAUGAUGAGCAGUAUCUUGGGCUUAGACAAAGCAGAAUCGAUGCAGGGUCAUUCUGUACAAGCACCAACUCAUUCAAGUUCAAUUUCCUCUGACUCCAGCGAAGCUGAAAAUGACUUUUACGAGAACGCUGAGGAAAUGAAAACUUCCAAAUUUCCACAAAGCCAGUGCAAGAGAUGGAUGGUAGCAAGAAACCAGACAUCAAAGGAGAAUCAAAUUAGAGCAUCUCUGUGCUCCACUGACAAACCCUCAUUAAGGAAAAAUACUGGCAAAGGUAACGGGUUGAACAAGCAAAGAAAUAAUAAAAGAUGGAAAAGGUCUACCAAAGUUGUAAGUAGAAAAAGUGCUGAUUUGAACACUGCAGCAGAGUUGAAGUUUAAAGAUGAAGGACAGGAAUUUAAAGAAGAACCUCAGUGGUAUACUGAGCCUCUUUCAGACAAUGUCGUCUCUAACAAUUUAAAAAGUAAGUUAGAAACUGCUUACAAGAGCAAUGUACCUUCAUUUGAUACUGACCUGUUAGAAAAAUUGCCAGUGUCCAUUAGAGAUCUGUGCAUUGACGACACUUGUCCUACAGAUUACCUCUGGACGGGUGCAUUUGUUGAUGGUCACUUUGUUGAUAUUCCAGCAUUACUUGAUAAAGGUGAAUUAAAUGAGAUUUUAGAUUGUUCUAAAUCAAAUUUAGAUUCCCUGGAUAAUCUUAAGAAAUCAGUAGACCUAAUCUGUGAAGGAGAUAUGAAUCAAUCUAUAAUGGAUUCUUGUGCCUUUGAAUUAAAACAAGACAGUGGAAUCCUAAACCUUAUUGGAAGCAAAGGUGAAGAUCUAACCCGAUUUGAAGGGGAACGAAGUGCAAUGUUGGAUGGCGUACCGUUGAAUAUAUGGGAGGAUGGCCCCACAGCAGGUGGAGUGGAAGCUUUAACUUCAAGUAUAUCCUACACAAAUCCACUCAACACUAAUCAAGUUAAGCAUUGGCUGUCAUCCACUUCUGAAUCAUCAUUAAUUGGUAAGACAGGAGCAGAAUCACUUUCCAAAGAUUUGUCAGAUAAAGGUGUGUGUUGGCAAGAACUUUCAGAAAUCAGUGAGAGAGAGUCUUAUUUUUCAGUUAUAAAAAAUCCAGACGACGUUGUAUUUUCUGGUGAAACUACUAAUUGGGAUAGUAAUUCACAAGGAGAACGUGUUUCUUUAGAACCACCUCAUUCUUCUAAGUUAAUUGCCACCAAAAGUGAUGAUGCUGGUGAAAAUAAAUCCUGUUUUCCAAACAUGUUUGGAAAAGAUUGUAAUUCGUGGUCUUCAUUAUGUAAAUCUGGUAACUUUAGGAAUGUUGAUACAGUAACGUACCCUAUAGAGCUGAGUGUAAACAUGAGUACAGACAUCCCAACUGCUUGUUCAGAAGAUGACCUUCUUAGUUUGCUCCCUGGUAGUGAAUAUUUACAGUUGGAUGAUAGUGUUUUAAUUGAACUUCCUGUCGUGACUUCAAAAGAAAAAUUAGAGGUAACAAAACAUGGUAUUCAAACAGAUGAGAUGAAAGCAGGAAAAUGGAAUCCCAUUUUUGGAAUUUGUCAAGAGGGCCUUUCUGAAAAGAAGGAUGACUUAAGUUCCAGAGUAAUUGAAGAAAUAUGGAAAGCCUCACCAAGAGAGGAUAAAACAGCAUUUUCAGAAGAUGGAAUCACCAGAUGCCAUAGCAGUUCUGUAGGAACAGAGCUAUCUAUGAAACCAGUGGCUCCUGCAGAUUGUCAGAAAUGUCUUCUGCAAAAUUCAGGAAAUAAUUUCUGGGACGAGCAACUUGGAAAGUCUCAAAUUUUGGAUUCAGUGAAUGUUGAUAUAUCAAAGCAUGGUAGUGAGUGGAAAAUUGGUUCUGAAGAGACAGAUGAUUCUGUUCCAAAAUGUAUUAAACUCUUAAUGACUCAAAGUAACAACGAAUGUGAAUUUUCAUCUUCGGAUAGUACCCUUCUGAAAAGUGCAUCCACUCAUAGCACCUCCGAGUCCAGCAACUUUUAUGUUUAUCCAAAGUCUUUAAUAAAGGCUGAUUUGCAACACACUGUUCCCAUAGAAGGUACAGAGGAGCAAAGUAUAAUUAAUGACAUUUCUAUAGACCUACCUGAUGAUUUGUGGGGAAAUUUAACUGAUUAUCUAAAUGAUUCUGCAGAACCAAGAGAAUGCUCCUAUCUCCCCUUUGAUCUCGCCUUUGAAUCCCCUGUUCCUCAAAUAUGUACUGUAACAAGUCCGUUAGAUUCUAAUACUGGUGAUAUGAAUCAACAACCCAGGACUAAAUCAAAACUCUGUUCAGAUUUAAUAAUUCCCCACAAUGACAGAUUACUGUGUUCACAAGAAUGCAUGACAAUGUCAGAGCAAUCCAUUGUUUAUCCUGUCUCUGGACAAUUACUUACAAAGGAAGUGGUUCUUACAAGAUUAGAGGACAUUGUCCCAAAACCAGAAUACAGUAUCUGUAGUGAUCAGCGUGGAUUAUCUGAAAGUUCAAAUUCUGCAUUAGGUCCAAAGAACCUCAAACAAGAUUUGCAGAUUCUUCAAGCAGAGUUAGAGUCAAAACCAUGUAAAGAGACUAGUUUAGAUAAAACAAAUUUAAUUUCUCAGGAUGCAAAUGAAGAUAAAUUGAAUUUUCUUCAGUCACAGUUCAAAGAUCUGUGUCCAGAGCAUGACCAUUCAAAAAUGCCUCAGCAAAUUGUAGAUUAUAAGGUGUGUACUUCCAAAACAAGAAAGAAAGAGGAGGAUGACCAACAGCCAUUAGAAAAAGACAAAACGAACAAUGCCGAUGAGCUUGAAUGUUGUCCUUUCUCUGUCAGACAUUCUGAGGUUCUCCUAUCCAAAGCAGGAAGCAUGAAGAAUUGCCCCAGUGAGGUGUGUUGCCUGUUCCUUGAUAAAUGCCUCUCUCCAAAAAAUACAGAAUCUUUAUGCUGCAGAAAUCCCACUAUUGUGAUAACAUCUGUAGAUGCAAAUCCAUCUGAAGAGCAACAUAUGCUUACAAAGCCUAAUGAAACAGAUUUUGAGCCAGAAGAUCCAAGAACUGAUCACAAAAUGUGUCGAAGUCUGGAGGAUUGUAAAACAUAGGGCUAUAUUAGAAAACGGCUUGGUUGUGUAAAAUUACAAAUAGAUUUGCUCUUUACCCCACCACAAAAAAAACAGCUUCCAAUAAAAUGAAUGCCUUUUUUCGUUCAAGAAGACCGCUUGUAUUAUGCGGGGUUACUUUGGUUUCUUAGAAAAUCUUCAAAUGAUGCAGUUCUGAACAGUGUGAUUAUGUAUCAGUGAAUGAAAAACAGAGUUCAUUUUGCUGCAUACUGAGGCAUUUUUGCUGGAGUUGGUGGAUCCAGAUUAAAUUAUCUAUUCAACAACCAUUUCUUCCCCCCCUUAAAGUAGAAUAUAAGCUAUAAUUUACAAACUGUUUCAACUUACUACAAAACUUGGAGUUGAGAUUUUGAUACUUAAUGCCUGCUUAGAUCUUAAGGUUUAAAAUGACUUGGCACUGUCAAUUAUACCUGAGAAGUAGGUUCUUAAGCUUCAUGUUAUGGGUGUUUGUGAUAACUCUGCAGUCCAAGAAUUGGAUCAUUGACCCCAGUAAAACUAAGUGCUGGUUGAUUAUUCCUUCACAGUUGCACCACACGAUACUUCAAAUGUAUUUUAAAACAAACUCACAGAAUAUUGCACCUUUUUAAGUGCAUUAUGUGUUCUCAGUUAUGUAAAAGAUAUCUGUAAUUACUGUUUGUUGUGAUUAUGAUUUAUGAAUCUGUCACACUCCCUGCAAAGCUUCCAUGUUACAAUGUCACAAGUAUAUUAACCUUUUAUAUAUUUCUGAAUGUACUAAAUAAAGAGUGAAUUAAAUCAAA